UUGUAAAAACUCGUUAGUCUUUUCACAGCCAGCAAGAAACAGCAAGAUGUGCUCACAAAAUUCGCAUCGUGACCGAGUGUGCGGGGAACAUCAGAAUAUAAAAGCCGCGGAACAGCAUAUAUGCUGGUACCUCAGUUUUGUCAAACCUUGUUGAUUACUUGUGUGUUUAAAAAUGAACAUCGCACUCGUUUUUCUGCUUUUCAUUGGAAUCUGUGCGGCAGCCAGUUUGAGCAUUGGGCAGCUAGCUGGCAUGUACGGGAUGGUGCAGCGCCUAGCGCGUAUCAAACCGUUUGAUGGGCACGAGCAGGACGCUUACUCAAAACUGGCAGUGUUCCUGGGCGAUCUGGAGACGGCCAGUGCACUGUACGUGCACCCAGAGACGGCCAAUUACCGUAAUGCACUGUACAAGCUAAUGGAAGAUGUGGUGCAAGUCAAAGCACAGUCUACGGAUAACUACAUUGCAGGCCUGAAUGCAGACUAUUUGGCGAACCGGAUCAGGCAAUCGUAUAUAAUGUCAUUGACCAAGGCAGUGUUUUCGUAGAGCCAGUCACUCCGUGUGCUGGUUUUUUAUGUAAAUGUUGGUUUUUCUUGUUAAAAUAUUUAUCCGCAC